GCUGUUCAGAGUCAGACACUCAGACAAAAACACCCUUUAUGUGGCAGGGGUAAUAUUAUAAAAUAUAAUCAAGAUCUGUAAAAACCAAUCUGUAUUUGCAUUAGCAUUAAAAUCUCAACAUGUCUUCACUGCACUGGGCCAUGCUUAACAUCAGACAAUGUCAUACAAAUCAAAGUCAAAUAGAUGCGAUAGAAAUGCCGCCAAAAGCAUGACCUCCUUGGAGAAGACUAAAAUAUAAAAUGUAACCUGGAAUUAUAUAUUACAAUAAAAAAUAAAAGCUUCAAGCCUUCCAAAAGUUACAAAUACUAUGUAUGAUAAAAGUGAUGUUUAAGAUACCAAGUAAUAAUACCAUAUUUGGCAAGCUAUAAUUUAGGAGCUAUCUAAUGUGAGUGGAGGAACUGUGACAAUCAUUAAACUUUAUUAGGUACACUUAAAUUAAUGAAGUCUGAUUUAAAGGUCUUACGAUAAAUCCUACUUUUGUGGACGCUGUAUCGCUUUAUUAGGCAAAAUGACAGUGCAGCCCUGUCUCGAGGGUGUCAUCUAUUGACACUGAUGUAUGAGGUAUUAACUUAUAAAGUGACAACUUCUACAGAUGGCACAAUCUUAACUGGCUGCACAGGACAGAAAAUGCCCAGUAGAGGUCGUGCUUCUUCUGGACAAGGCUUGUAACAUUCCUGUCUCUCAGCAAUAAUGAGUCAGUGCACAACAAAUCUUCAAUAAACCAACAACUUGGUUGGAAGACAUUUUUAUUGACUCUGCCCUCAACCCAAGAGCUAGCCUCAGAGUAUCGUAUCAGUGAGCACUUUAUCUGUCAGUUCCUCAUUCAGCUACACUUUAAGGGUUAGACUAUGGUUUUAAUGAUGCUCCUGUGCUGAUUCUACUACAACAUGACUGGGAUAUCUGCAUGAAUGAGCAGGUGUCCUUAAAAGAGCUCAGUGAGAGUGUUUUUCUAUUACCAGAUUCACCACACUUGUGGCUUUACUGAUGAAAACUACUGCAUAAGCGCAGACCGCAAAGAUAAGACAGUUUGUGUGUCGAGAUACUCGCAAAGCGAAAGGCUGUCCACCACAUCCUCACAUUUUAUCUGUGUUCCCGUGUGGAAUGUCUGGAGGUUUUGAUCCUCCCUCUCCUGAAACUGAACAUAGCCUGAAGCUGAUAACAAAGUUUCACGUUGGUUUAGAUGUCCCAGAACUGUUCCUAUUGUUGUUGUUUUGUUUUUUUUGUGAGUGAUGGGAAAGCAGCUGAGUUGAGUGAAAUGAAAAAGUUAAAGUUCAGUCAAGCAGCCAGCAACAGUGACUCUGGUGGUGACAUCUGAGUUAUUUACUCAAAAAGUAAAGGAUGCAUAUGUUAAUUACAUUUUCACGUAGGUUAAGGAAGUUGGACCAAGCACUUUCUUUACACUUUUACUACUAUUUUGUUAUUUUGUACUACUUAGAAGGGACUUGGCAAAAGGAGGACACAAGUGGUCGUUAAAUAAUGAUUGAAAUGAAUCUCACUGUUCCCUGCAUUGCCUGCUACAGUAGUUUAAUGGAUCAAUAAUACAGUAAAUGGGCUCAAGUGGCCUCAUGGGCUUUUUGCCUCUUCAUCUUGUUGCCACAACAUGAAACGUGUGCUCGUCAGUGUGGAAAUGACGUAGGAUUUCGCAGGUUUUUGCGAGCUCAUAAAGGAUGGACUGUCCUCCCACUGUCACACUGAGACACUCAGGGAGUGAGGAGAAGACAGACACCAGAUACAGGGACAGAGUGGGACCAGUGGAACCAGAGGAGGCGACUGACCGCAGAGACUCACAGAGGACACAGAUCCAGAUACUUGAACGGUGACAUAAUUUUAUCUGUCGGACUCACACAGUGGAAUCUGCUGGAUCAGACGAGCAGAGUAGAGUCUGUUGGAGCGGAGCCACGCGGGGGUGGGGGGGGACACGCAAAUGUGAGCGCCGCGCACGGACACGACUCAGGUGCAGAGAAAGCAAACUGGCGGCGCACUUAGGAUGCAGAAGUCACCUGUGGAAGAUGCAAACUUCUUCUCCAAGUUUUUCUUCUGGUGGAUGUCACCGCUGUUGAGGAAAGGCUUCAGAAAGAAGUUGGAUCUGUCAGAUGUGUACAAGGCUCCUUCAUUUGAUUUGGCAGACAACCUCUCUGAGAGACUCGAAAGAGAAUGGGACAGGGAGGUGGUGUCAGCCAAGAUCAAGCCCCGGCUGAUGCGAGCACUGGCCCGUUGCUUCUUUGGCCCUUUCGCCUUCUUUGGUAUCCUCCUCUACCUCGGGGAGGCUUCCAAGGCGGUGCAGCCACAGCUUUUGGGUCGUAUCAUUGCAUCAUUUGACCCGUUCCAUGCUCCAGAGCGGGGCCAGGGUUAUUACCUGGCACUGGGACUAACCCUGCUCUUCACUGUUCGCUUCCUCCUACUGCAGCCUGCCAUCUUUGGUCUGCACCACCUGGGUAUGCAGAUCCGCAUCGCCCUCUUCAGUCUUAUAUACAAAAAGACCCUGAAGUUAUCCAGCCGUGUCUUGGACAAAAUCAGCACCGGUCAGCUGGUCAGUUUGAUGUCCGCCCAUCUCAACAAGCUGGAUGAGAGCUUGGGUCUGGCCCACUUUGUGUGGAUCAGCCCUCUGCAGUGUAUACUGUGUGUGGGUCUGUUAUGGGAACUGAUCGAGGUGAACGGCUUCUGUGCUUUGGCAGCUCUGACCCUGCUGGGCAUCCUCCAGGCCUGGCUCUCACAGAAGAUGCAACCUCACCGGGUGAAGAGGGCAGGAAUGAUCACCCGCCGCCUGGCUCUCACCUCUGAGAUUGUGGAGAACAUCCACUCUGUGAAGGCGUAUGGCUGGGAGGAAGUGAUGGAGACCAUCAUCAAGAACAUCAGGCAGGAUGAGAUGACGCUGACGAGGAAGAUUGGUUCUCUGCGCUACUUUUACAGUGCCGCAUACUUCUUCUCUGCCAUCUUGGUCAUUGUGUCAGCCGUUGUGCCCCAUGCACUGAGUAACGGUAUCAUCCUGCGUCGAAUCUUCACCACAGCGUCAUACUGCAUGGUUCUGCGAAUGACAAUGACCCGCCAGCUGCCGGGUUCCAUCCAGAUGUGGUAUGACACCCUGGCACUGAUCAGCAAGAUUGAGGAUUACUUGAUGAAGGAGGAGUACAGAGAGCUGGAAUACAAUCUUACCACAAGUGAAGUGGAACUGGUCAACGUGUCUGCAUCAUGGGAUGAGGGAAUUGGUGAGCUGUUCGAGAAGAUAAAGCAAGAGAGCAAAGCAAAUGGACACCCUAAUGGCGAUGCCGGCCUCUUCUUCACCAACCUCUACGUCACACCUGUCCUCAGAAACAUUAGCCUUUACCUGGAGAAGGGGAAGAUGCUGGCAGUGGCUGGAUCCACUGGCUCAGGAAAAAGUUCCUUGCUCAUGAUGAUCCUUGGAGAGCUGGUGCCAUCAGAGGGUAAAAUUAGACACAGUGGGCGAAUCUCUUUCUCACCACAGACUGCCUGGAUCAUGCCAGGGACGAUUCGUGACAACAUCCUGUUUGGUCUGACCUAUGACGAGUAUCGCUACACUUCUAUCAUCAAGGCCUGUCAACUGGAAGAGGACUUUUCUUUGCUGCCUGAGCAAGACAAAACACUCCUUGGCGAAGGCGGGGUAACCCUGAGUGGUGGUCAGAGGGCUCGCCUCGGCCUGGCCAGAGCUGUGUAUAAAGACGCCGACCUCUACCUGCUGGAUGCGCCUUUCACCCACCUGGACAUUGUGACAGAGAAAGAGAUCUUUGAGAAAUGUGUCUGUAAACUUAUGGCCUCCAAAAGUCGUAUUGUGGUCACCAGCAAGUUGGACCAUCUCAAACGUGCAGACAAAAUCCUUCUGCUGCACAAUGGUGACUGCUACUUCUACGGCACCUUCUCAGAGCUGCAGGCGCAGCGACCGGACUUCAGCUCCCUCCUUCUUGGCCUAGAAGCUUAUGACAACGUAAAUGCAGAGCGACGCAGCUCCAUUCUUACAGAGACACUCCGCAGGGUUUCCAUUGACGAAACCGCCGGCUUCAGACCAGAACCAAUGCGACAGUCAUUCCGCCAGCCACCACCUCCAAUAAUUGUUUCUGGACCUCAAAGCCAUCCUGUAAGUGAUGGCUACCCAGAAAAACGCAAACAGUCGCUCAUCCUCAGUCCCCUGGCAGCUGCCCGCAAGUUCUCCUUCAUUGGAAACUCACAACAUACUUCAAACACACCCCAGUCCACAACGAUAGAGGACGGGGUUCGGGAACUCUCAGAGAGAAAAUUUUCUGUCGUACCGGAGGAUGAACAAGUGGAGGAGGUCCUCCCCAGGUCGAACCUGUACCACCAUGGGUUGCAGCAUCUCAAUGGGCAGAGGCGGCAGUCUGUCCUGGCAUUCAUCACCAACGCUCAGGGUCAAGAGCGGCGAGAGCAGAUGCAGUCGUCCUUCAGAAGGAAGCUCUCCAUCGCUCCUCAGUGCGAUCUGGCAUCUGAGCUGGACAUUUACGCCCGGCGAUUAUCCAAGGACAGUGUUUAUGACAUAAGUGAGGAAGUGGAUGAAGAAGACAUGGAGCAAUGCUUCGCAGACGAACGUGAAAACGUCUUUGAAACUACCUCAUGGAGCACAUACCUGCGCUACAUCACCACCAAUAGAAGCUUAGUCUACGUCCUCAUUUUCAUCGUCAUAGUCUUCGUUCUUGAGGUUGCUGGUUCAGUCAUUGGCAUCUUCCUCAUUACUGACGAGAUCUGGAGGGAUAGCGCCAACCCAUCAUCACCUAACUACAUCAGUGAGCAGCACCCUAAUGCCUCGGCGCCCCCUGUCCACCUGGCAGUCAUUGUCACACCAACCAGUGCUUACUACAUCGUUUACAUCUUUGUAGCCACAUCGGAGAGUAUACUUGCCCUGGGAAUUUUCAGGGGUCUCCCAUUAGUACACACAUUACUCACUGUGUCCAAAAGACUGCACGAGCAGAUGCUGGGCGCGGUGCUGCGUGCUCCCAUGGCUGUGCUCAACACUAUGAAAUCAGGUCGCAUCAUGAAUAGAUUCACCAAGGACAUGACCACCAUAGAUGACAUGCUGCCUCUGGUGCUCUUUGACCUCAUACAGCUGACAUUGAUUGUUAUAGGCGCCAUCUUCACCGUGUCCAUCAUGCGGCCGUACAUCUUCAUCGCUGCCUUCCCAUUGGCUGCUUUGUUUGUAUUCCUCAGGAAGUACUUCUUACGAACUGGACAGCAACUCAAACUGCUGGAGGCUGAAGCUCGUAGCCCCAUCUUUUCCCACCUCAUCAUCUCCCUGAAGGGCUUAUGGACCAUUCGGGCGUUUGGGCGCCAGACCUACUUUGAAAUGCUCUUCCACAAAGCACUGAACACUCACACAGCAACCUGGUUCCACUACCUCGCAACGCUGCGGUGGUUCCUGUUCCGCUGUGACAUGAUCUUCGUCCUGUUUUUCAGCGCGGCUGCUUUCAUUGCAGUGGGAACAAACCAGGACAAACCAGGUGAGAUUGGCAUCAUCGUGGCCCUGGCCAUGCUCAUCCUCGGGACUUUCCAAUGGGCUGUCAUCACCAGCAUCACUGUCGAUGGACUGAUGCGUUCAGUUGAACGAGUCUUCAAAUUCAUCGACCUGCCGUCAGAAGAGCCACGGCCGCCUAAAUCUAGUGGUAAAGGAGGCCCCGACCUCGUCAUCGACAACCCUCACGCUCGUGACUACUGGCCCAACCGGGGCCAGAUGGACGUCCAAGACCUCACUGUCAAAUACACAGAGGCUGGACGCGCUGUCCUCGGCAACAUCUCCUUCUCUGUGGACGGAGGGCAGAGUGUGGGUCUGCUGGGUCGAACAGGUUCAGGAAAGAGCAGUCUGUUCUCUGCGCUGCUGCGUCUCGCCUCCACUGAAGGAGAGAUCUCCAUUGAUGGUGUUUCGUGGUCCUCAGUGUCCCUGCACACUUGGAGGAAGGCCUUUGGUGUCGUGCCCCAGAAAGUUUUCAUUUUGAGUGGAACUUUCCGGAUGAACCUGGACCCACAUGGUCGUUACAGCGACGAGGAGCUGUGGAGGGUGGUGGACGAGGUGGGUCUCAAGACAGUGAUCGAGCAGUUUCCAGACAAGCUGGACUUUCAGCUGGAGGACAGAGGCAGCGUGUUAAGCAAUGGACACAAACAGCUGCUGUGUCUCGCACGCUCCAUCCUCAGCAAAGCUCGAAUCCUGCUGCUGGACGAACCCUCCGCCUACCUCGACCCCAUAACAUUAAAGGUCCUGAGGAAGACGCUGAAGCAGUCGUUCUCCGACUGCACCGUCAUCCUCUCAGAACACAGAGUAGAGCCGCUGCUCGAGUGUCAAUCGUUCCUGAUGAUCGAGAACAGCUCCAUGAAAACCUACGACUCCAUCCAUAAACUUCUGAAUGAGACCAGUCACCUGAAGCAGGCCAUGAGUCCCACCGACAGGCUCCACCUCUUCCCAAACCUCCACCGCCUCAACUCCGGCAAGAGGGCGCCUCCACAGGCCACCAAGAUCUCGUCUCUGCCAGAGGAGGCAGAGGAUGAAGUCCAAGACACUCGUCUCUAACGGGCCAGACUCUGAAAAUGACACACACAUGCAUGUGUGCACAGACACAGACCAGCUUGAUUCAGUGUUGAAUGAAAUUAGCAAGGGACAUGAAAACGAAUGAAGAACGCAGAGAGUAGGACAACAUACACAUGAAUUCAUUUUCAAUAAUUCAUCAUCAAGUUACGUGACAAUUAAAUGUGUAGAAAAAUACCUAUUUGACGUUCUGACAGCGGACAAAACAAAGACUAAUACAGCACGUACAAGUGUGCUCACACACAUGCAACGCACUGUGCUACAUAGACACUUUUAAAACUCUAGUUGGCUUAUUUUUGACACCUGUUUUGAACGCAAAUAGCAUGUAAUAUUUUGAAUGAGUGCAGGCUAACAGCUGUGUGGGAACAUGAACUUAAAGACAGUACAGUCAUAAUAUAAUAAUAUCCUUUUAAGGAAGUGUUAUUAUGGUAAUACCGUCUUAUUUCCAUAGGGAAACAGUAUCUAACCACAUAUUAAAACAUGACUUAGAACAUAUUAUCACCAUGUUCUUAUUGUCCAGUAAAGUGUCACAUUUAUGACACUAUUCAAAUUUGUGCCUUAUGUACAAGAGCUCACUUCAAAUGUUUUUCACACGUUCUCUUGGGCCAAACAUUUUAUUUAUAUAAAUAUAUACAUUUUCAGUGGUUUAAAACAAGGGAUUACUUUCUAAGAAACGUUUUCUGAAGCGUU